AUGGACGGCGCGACUUUCUCCAGCGCGCACAUGCGAGAGCGCGACAAGGUCCUCAAUGAGAAGCACCGUAAAGAAAUUGCGGCACACGAGGCCAAGUAUGACCGACUCAAGCAUUCAGCUGAGGACACGCUGAACCGUCUCAGCGACGUAACGAACAGGACAGGGCACCUCGUCAGGGCCCUUGGAUUUAGCGACUUGCAGGAGGCAUUGUUCGUAGUCGACAACGCUGAGCAUGGCACGAAGUACAGUGAUGCGUUAACUCGGAUAGAGGAUCUAGAAAAGGCGCUCCGUCGUACGACAGACGAAAGGGACCAUUUACAGACUCAGCUGGAUGAUGUUGUAAGGCAGAGAAACCAACUCUUGGAGAAGACAAAGGACCUUCCAGCAUCCUCUUCGCCAUCAACACGUCUACUAGCGGCCCAGCUGAAGGCGCUUCAGUCGCGAUACGAUGAACUCUUGGACAAGAAACAACGCGCCGCCGCAAUAUACAAACGAGACUACACUAAAUGGCGCGACUUCAAGGCAUUCCUGUUUGAUACAGAAUGCAAGGCAAAAUCCAAGAUAGAGGCGGAAAAGGACAACGAGUUUCGACGGAAUAUUUUUAUGCGAUUGGCUGACAAUGGGAAGAUGUGGGAGCAGAUAGGGCCAUUGCUCUAUGCGGACGACGCUUCGUACCCAUACGAGGAUAAGAACUUGUAUCGACAAAACAAAGAGAAUGAACCUGAAUUCACACCAACGCCGAUACCCACUCACCGCAGGACGAUUUUCCCACCAAACACUUCUGAACGACCUGGAACUCCAAAUUCGGCAUCGCUUCCAGUUGGUCCCUCGAAAACCACGACUUCAUUGCCGCAAUUAUUCAGCCCAAAGCCCAAUGGCUCCAGCCUUGCGCCAGUGCCUAUAACUACGGCAAUUUUCCCGCCAACUCCUUCCAAGCGACCUGGAACUCCAAGUUCACCGUCACCGCUUCCAUCAGCCUCUCUCAUCAAUGGAGUGACUUCAGCCGGUCCUUCGAAGACCACAAUUCCAUCACCGCUAUUAUUCAGCCCCAAGGCUAACGGCUCCAUUCUUGUUCCAAGUUCAUCAGACACGGAAGAGGACUCUCUUGGUAUUCUUGCUCCUUGCAUCUCUCGUCUUGUCAUCUCUGACGAGUCGUUCUGUUCUAGUCGGGGAAUCAAGCCCGACCCCGCAGUCCAAAGUGCUCUUUCAAGGUCAAGCCCCGUUGACAUCACCGUCGGCGCGGCUUUCCAAUGUCCCAAACUUGGAUAUCAAGCGACGCGGACCUCGCUCUACACUCGUCCUCUUAUCAAAGCAAUUAUCUUAGCCCCAUCGACACCGACGAAACCGAAGACUACCUCGGUGCCACCGCGGAAAGUUCGCCGCCUCAGUCACGAACAUGACAGUCCUCACUCCACGCCAUCUGCACCACAAGGAAAAGGCAAAGAGAAGGAGAAAGCCGCGUCAUCUGUAUCCGCGGCGCGUAACGCCAAACAGACGAACGACUAUUCAGCGUUCAAGGGUCGUGGACGAUACGCAAAAGAUUCGAAAGAGAAGACGAUCAACGAAACCUUUGCCAUCGAUCCAAACCGGAACAACGGACUCGACUUCCAGUUUGAUGCUGUUGUCCGCAACAAGGGCGAGCGACGAAAACUUCAUGCUGGAGAUUGCGAGUGUUGUCGUGACUACUACGAAGGUGUCGGGCCUCUUCCGAAACGUUUGAAGCAGCCGCUGUGGCGGUCACCAAAGAAGAACGCUACGCCUUCUCCUGUGCGUAGGAAGAAGGGAAUAUCGCGACAUCGGUAUAAUUGGGCGCAGGGUGGGACGCCGCCGGGGUAUUGGGAUAUUGGGUUCCCGGAUACCCAAGAAACGGAGAAUAUCAAUGAGAGGGCGAAGGAGAUGCAUGAGAAGAAGAGGAGGGAGAUUGAGGCCGAGGCUAUGCGUGGAGAUGGAAGUUUCACGGUGACAACGAAUAAUUUGUUUAAACCCUCUUCUGUGGCUCUCGAAGGACACGGCUCUAGCGAAGUUAACCCUCUCGUCGACACACAGCCCAAAUUCGAACAUCCGUAUUCUAUGUCAACGCCAGGGAAUAUCGCCCUACAGAAUGAAGACGCCUGUGAAGAUGCCAUCGUAAUUACCACUCUUGACACCGUUCCCUUCUGCUGUCACGAAGAUCUUCUCACCAUGUCGCGUCCCCAACUGGUUCAGGUUGCUACCACGCUCAACGCUAGACUUCCCGCCUUGCUUCGUAUUGAUGUAAACCUCAACCGCUCCGAUAGCUUCAUCCGAAAUUCCAUCGAAGUCAUCGUCGGUCUACGUAGAGAUGCUCCUCCUGCUCCGAAAGCCGUAAGAAUGCGGUCAGGUGAAUUACGGAUGGAGGACGACGAAGAGAGAUCAGGAAACUGUACCCCGCCUACAAGUCCAUUGGCUCGCCUUUCAGCACAAGGGACGCCAAGGCUAACGAGACUGGAAGAAGAGGAUGAGGAAGAGAAAGAUAAACCGUCGAAGAGGCGCAGGGUAACAUAUAGCGCUACAACACCGACUCCGCUUCCUCGUGCUCUGCGUAGCUAUUCACAACGUGUUUCGCAAGCAUCGCCGACUCCUACUCGUAUCCUUCGUUCGCAGAGCCAGAAACUACAGGAAAGGAUGGAUAACAUGCAAAUCGACACUCGUUUCGUGACCACUACCAGACCAAGAUAUGGCAAGCGCCUACAGAACUCUGGCUACGAGAUCUAUAUCCUCUCAAUUUCCCGCUACACACGACCGACGAGGUUACCGUUUGAGGAGCACUCGGAUGAAAGCGCCGAAGGGACCACAUGGCCCAACGGUCCGAUGCCGCGGGCCGGCCAGAAACUGAACUUCACAGACGAAAAAAAGGGACAGAGGGGGAAGAAGGAUGUUGGGGGAGCACAAAAUCUUUGCAGGGGCGACCCCAGCCAGUAUUAUAUUAAUAUGCCACCAAUUCGCCCCCACCGUAAAACACGAAAUGGAUGCAAAACAUGCAAACAACGCAAAGUCAAGUGCGAUGAAGAAUUUCCUAUUUGCAAGAACUGUACCAGGAGAUGCAUAGAAUGUGUCUGGAUCGAUACCCCACCGUAUCACUCGCUGGUACCAGCGACAUCUCCCCGUACUCCAUCAAGUUCCCCUGAAACUUCCCCUUCCACAAUAACUGGCACAACAGGUUCAUUCGACCUACUGACUCUCGAGCUAAUUCACCGCUAUUCUACCACUACUUCUCACACACUUGCUUCUGAUCCUGUUACAUCCAAUGUUUGGACUACCAUCGUUCCCAAACUCGUGUUCGAUCCUAGAAACCAAUGUCUCCUUUACGCUGUUCUCGCCGUGUCCGCGCUUCACGUUUACCAUACUGAUCCCACGGCAGAUCGGUACGCCGUAGCCGCGAGCACUUACCACUGGCAAGCCAAGAUGGGGCUACACAAGGCAGAGACGGACGGGGAGACGGAUAUUGGUGCUAUUUUUAUCACCUUGUCCCUUCUCGCGAUGUACGAGUUCGCUACAUCCUCCAUCGUCUCCUUAUCCAUGAGCGGCUGGCAUAUCACAGUCCGUAAUAUCACUUGCGAGGUUGCAAAAAUCUGGCCACAGCUCCGAGAAGGUGUUCUGCGCCCGGCGUUACUCGUAAAAGCGCCAACAACCAUAUCUACACCGCUGGAGGAAUCCUUUUCAUCAUCCUUGUCGACACUUCUGAGCACAGCGCACUCGUCACCAGACCUUGAGGAGCUACACGACGUAUCGGUGUAUGCUGCGUAUAAGGAAUCAAUACGAAUUCUCGAGAUAUCAUGCAAAGCCUCAUCUGAGAAUUGGAACGCAGUGGCUUUCUGGUGGACAAUGGCACCUAAGAGGUUCUUUCGCCUACUAGCAGAGGGGAAGCCACGUGCAUUGAUUAUCUUGGCGCAUUUCUGUGUCAUGAUGAAGCGGGUGGCGAAGGAUGGCCCGUGGUGGGCGAGGAAACAGUGGGGCAUCGAAGCAGCGAGAAUUCUCUCUGCGCUCGACACGCAAUGGAUGCCGUGGCUGGGAUGGCUCUUGAGCCAGUUGGAUGAAGAUCACGCCUUUGACUAUGCAGAUACGGAUUUCAUGCAUUGGUUAAGCUUGAGCACUGGAGGUCAAGAAUCAAAAGUAAUCUUUCAAAGGAUCGACCAUACCAAGUUUUCCCAAACGUACGAUUUUGGAGAUUUUCUGGCCUUUGCCGCCACAUCUCUCAGGCCACUGCGUACCCGCCAAGCCUCUCUCGUACACAUUGAAGAAAUUUUUAUCUCCUUGAAGUCCCAAGCGUCCCAUCGCCAAGUCGGGGCUAUGCGUUAUCAAGCUCCGCAGGAGAACUCGAAGUUCAAUCAACGAAUCAAGAAAUGGAAGCGUUUACCAAGACCUCCAAAAUUUGCGGGAAUUCCUUGGUUUCUGAUGGAAAAGUGGCUCUUCAAGUUCCGCAGCCCGGUGAAGCUGUGA